AUGUACGUGCUUCAGCAAUUGAAAGAUUUCAGUGUUGCAUCGAUGCAAACGAACAUCACUUCGAGCAUCUCUUAUAAGCAAGUUGCAGCAAGAAAGCAGAUAAAGGCCAAACGUACCAGAACGGCAUACACUAGUAACCAAUUGUUGGAAUUGGAGAGAGAAUUCAACGCAGGAGCUUAUCUUUGCAGAAAGAGACGCAUUAAUAUAGCGGAAGCUCUCAAUCUAACGGAAAAGCAAAUCAAAGUAUGGUUUCAAAAUCGUAGAAUGAAGAAUAAAAAGGAAACUAAGUCUGAGCCCAACAAAGCGAUCAAAUUCAUUGACGCUCCCGAGAACUCGCCAUCUGGUAGUGCGAAAAUGCAUUCUUCGGAGACAAUGGUCUCCAAAACAGACACUAAUGAUUCCAAAUCGUCGACCUGGGUGGUUCCUAAGACCACAGAGACUGCCGGUCCUUCGUACAUGCAUCCGAGCGACGUGCCGCCGAACAACAGUCAAACCGUAAAAAAUUAUGGAGUCCUCGAUCGAUGCAAGGAAGCGCAGAAUUACCCUAGCGCGUUGAUCGGAUCGGCGCAGCAAACGCAAAUGCCAUCCACCUUCUCUAAUAUUGUGCAAAAUGAUGUAUAUUAUGCCCCUGAAGACAAAGGGUAUGCGUAUCAACAGCCAAUCAACUAUGGUGUCUUUCAAUCACAGCAAAACAACAAUUAUUGUCAGUGGAAUAAUUGUCCGCAGGCACAGAAAAGUAUCGACUUGCAAAAUGCAAAUUCUUAUGCACCGAAGCUGAAUAGCUGUGCACCCAAAGACAACACAAAUUGUCUAUUGAAUCAGAACAAGUUACUGUCUUUUCAAAAUGUUUACAAUGAUCUUUAUAAUUCUGAGAAUUACUUACAGUUAUAA